AAAUGCUUAAGGCAGACACCUUCGCAAAGCACAUUCAGUCAGACUCAGCGUCCACGGCGGAGACGGCGCAGCCCCCUGUGGCUAGGGGGCAGUGGGGGAGGCAGACCUGUCCCGGGACAGGAGCAGCCGCUCGCGGCCGCUUUCCCUUUCGCUUUGAUUGCGGUGGGCGGCGGGCCGGUCCCGGAACCUCCUCAGAAGCGCACUCCGAGAGUUAACCCGAAAGCUCCACCCGCCCCGGGGGCGACCGACCGACGCACGCGUCCUUGAGAAGCUCAUGUAGAGACAGAGAGAGAAAGCAAGAGACAGUCCUGGGAAAGUCCUGCCGGGUCUCCAGGCAAUUAUAAAAAUGUGUCCCCUGGGGUCAGUGUACGAAUUGCCUCACCUCCAGCUUUCAGCUGUCCUGUUCAGUGCCGGCCCAGCAUGCGUCAGUCACGCCGCCUCUUCUUUUUGGUCACCCUUGUCCUAAUCCACCUCAGUUUGGCCAGAGCCAAGCCGGUCUCCGGACCCGCCCGGUGUCUUAACAGCUCCCAAACCCUGCUCAGGACUACGGACAACGCGCUGAAGACGGCCAGACAAAAGCUAACUAACUACUGUGGUGCUGAAGACUUCGAUCGCGAAGACAUCACAAAAGACAAAACCAGCACACUGAAGGCCUGUUUACCACUGGAACUGGUCAAGAAUGAGAGUUGCCUGGCUGGAGAGACUUCUUCCAUGAUCAGAGGGAGCUGCCUGCUUCCCCAAAAGACUUCUUCCAUGAUGACCCUGUGCCUUAGUAGCAUCUAUGAGGACUUGAAGAUUUACCAGACAGAGUUCCAGGCCAUAGACGCAGAGCUUCGGCGUCAGAAUCAGAUCACUCUGGACAAGGACAUGUUGGCAGCCAUUGAUGAGCUGAUGCAGGCUCUGAAUCAUAAUGGGCAGACUGUGCCCCGGAAACCUUACCUGGCAGAAAGAGACCCUAUCAAAUUGGAAAUGCAUCUCUGCAUUCAACUCCAUGCUUUCAGCAUCCGAGUCACGACCAUCAACAAAGUGAUGAGCUAUCUGAACUCCUCCUGAAAGGCCCCAGUCCCUCCCCUUUAGUGCCCUCUUUGCAAAACUAUGAACCAAAGAAAUUUUAAUACGAGGUGGGCUAAGAGUCAGGAAACCUUAGCCUAGUUGACCUUAAGUUCCUGCAGAAACCGAUGCUCCUAUCACAUUCCCACCCCCCAUCAACGGUGGCACAGCUACCUCAGCACGGCCCCUUCAGUCAUGUCUCAUAUUUAUUAUGCACGUUGUUUGUAAGAAAAUGUCCUCCCUGAAAGUGUCGGCAGAAGGGCAAGAUCUGAUAAGCUAGUCUUUUUGUACCAAAGUGUUUAUGAAAACACUCAGUCACCACUUAUUUAAAAAUAUUUAUUGUUAUAUUUUAUAUUCAUGAAAGUAUAUGAGCUUAUUUAUAUUUAUUUAUGUACUAUUUAUUAUAAUAUUUCUUAUAAAUCAAUUUGAAACAUAACUUAUGUGGUUUUAAUAAAGUGAUGCAAGCACUU